AAUAUAAAAGAAAAAAAAAAGCGAUGAAUAAGAGUAGUCAUCAGUUGGGAUCCAUCAGCAGUAGUGAUCUUAUUGAUGCAAAGCUUGAAGAACACCAAUUGUGUGGAUCUAAGCAGUGUCCUGGUUGUGGACACAAGCUCGAAGGAAAGCCGGACUGGGUAGGUCUACCAGCAGGAGUGAAGUUUGACCCAACAGAUCAAGAAUUGAUAGAACACCUUGAAGCAAAAGUAGUGGCUAAAGAAUCAAAAUCCCACCCUUUGAUUGAUGAGUUCAUUCCUACUAUUGAAGGAGAAGAUGGGAUUUGCUAUACUCAUCCUGAGAAGCUUCCAGGUGUUACAAGGGAUGGACUAAGUAGACAUUUCUUCCACAGACCAUCAAAAGCAUACACAACAGGUACAAGAAAAAGAAGGAAAAUCCAAACAGAAUGUCAAGACUUGCAAGGAGGUGAAACCCGUUGGCACAAGACAGGUAAGACUAGGCCAGUAAUGGUGAAUGGGAAGCAAAGAGGGUGUAAGAAAAUUCUAGUUCUAUACACAAACUUUGGGAAGAACCGUAAACCAGAGAAGACAAAUUGGGUAAUGCAUCAAUACCAUUUAGGACAACAUGAAGAAGAGAAAGAAGGUGAGCUUGUGGUGUCAAAGAUAUUCUAUCAGACUCAACCAAGGCAAUGUAAUUGGAGUAACACUACUAGCAGUGCUGCUGGAGAUCAAGCCAACAGUGAUGUUAAUAGCAGAAGGGAUAGUGGAAGUGGAAGCUGUUCGUCGUCGAAGGACAUCAACAAUAAUAAUAAUAAUAAUAAUAAUCUUCCUUCUCAUAGGGAUGAAUUGUCUGCUGCUGUUUGUGCUGCUAUGUCAAGUUAUUCUACUAUGGAUAUUCAACAAUACAAACCUGAACAUUUUAGCUUUCUCCCAUUUAGGAAAACCUUUGAUCAUGAUCAGGCAGGCAUUGUCGUAGGUGAAGGUUCAAUAACAAGAGAAAGUGGUCCAGCGGCAGCAGCACCAGAAGAGUGUGACAUGGGGGAGCCGCAAAACGUACAUGAUCCUCAGCUCCACCAACGCCAACACCAACACCAACAUCAUCUAGUUGCAAGCAGUGCAUUCCACAUUAGCAGGCCAACACCUCCAAUAUCAGCCAUUAUAACUCCGCCUCCACUCCAUAACACUUCCGUCAUUUUAGGGGAAGAUGCCUUCCAUGUUCCAAGAUCUAUAAUCCUUCCAAAUGACAACUUUCAGACAAUACAUGAUCACAAAUAUGAUUAUGUUCUAAUUGAGUGUAUCAUCUUUCGGCAGCAGCAACAGCAUCAUAAACUAGGAGCAAGGUCUGCAUCUGAAUUGGAACAAUUAAUAAUGGGCUGCACUUCAACUGAUAUCAAAGGAGAGUCAUCCAUCACAAACUCUCAAGAUGCUGACUGGUUGAAGUACUCACACUUCUGGCCUGACCCUGACAACCCUGAUCACCAUGGCUAGGGAUGAAGUAG